AUGGCGUCCACACGUGAGGGUCAUUAUAGAGGAGUCAGAAAGCGCCCAUGGGGCCGUUAUGCAGCUGAGAUACGUGACCCUUGGAAGAAAACCCGGGUUUGGUUGGGCACUUUCGACACUCCGGAGGAGGCUGCACUAGCCUACGACGGCGCCGCCAGGUCCCUCCGUGGUGCCAAAGCUAAAACCAACUUUCCCACUCCACCAGUACCAGGACUGACUUUGAACAUCAACGUUCCGACCGAACACCGGAGUGUAUCGCCCUCUGGCCGGCUCAUGAUCAACAACUUUCUCCGCUCUGGGGUGAAUGCGAUCAAUGAUGUGAGCUUCAGGGCUGGUGAUCCCAGCACGCCGGAAGUGGGCGGUACUUCUGGAACUCCGGUGGAGGAGUCCGGCUCCGGCGAUGGCGAAGCGAGAUAUUUUGGUAUAGUAAGACGUGGGUUGGCCAUAGACUUGAACGAGCCUCCACCUUUGUGGAUGUAA